GGACUUGGGGUCUACCAAGUUAUUUGGUACAUGCAAAAAUCUUUUGUUCGAGGUGUGAAAUAUGUACUAAUUCCAGAUUACAUUCUUUAUUUUGUGCAAUUGAAAACCGCAUUUAGAAACAAUUAAAUAAAAAAGCCCGCCAAGAAAUUACGUCAAAUAAGAUGCUUCUAUUUAUAAAUUCAUUGAACGGGGAAACCUACUGUUGUUUUUAAAGAGAAAGUAGGAAAAAAUGUCGGCAAACCACAGUUCGGAUUGGAGCAAUCAGACUGAUUCCUACCCGAGCAAUCUUCCCCCUACAGUCUUACUAUGUACACUAGUGAGUAGUUCUUUGUCUGUUAUUGGGGCAGUGGUCAUUUUCGUCACAUACUGUAUAGUUACUGUGGCCAAAAACCAGACGAGGCGGCUUCUGGUGUACUUGACUAUAGCCGACUUGCUGAAUGCCGUGGGUAACCUUGUGGGGGCCCUGCACUAUGCUUUGAGGGAUGAAUCUUCAUACAUGAAUAAACUUCAUAACAUGUCUCUGGACUGCCAUCUGCGGGACGAUCAGAUCUGUGUCAUACAGAGCUGCGUCACCACGUUCGCGUCUCUGGCUUCUUUCUUCUGGACAAACAUCAUUAUGAUCCAUAUUCUCAUGACUUUAAUCUCGCAAAGGGAGUGGUCCAAUCUCCUUAAUAAAGUCACCUAUCACCUUGUCGCCUGGGGAGUACCGUUGGUUAUAACGCUGGUAGCGAUCUCUCUCAACGCUCUCGGAGAGGAUUUCUCUAUCAGUAGUGGACCAUGGUGCUGGAUUAAGGGCUGUCUAGAGCCCCAACAGGUCAUAUUCUGGAUGACAUUUACGGGAAAGGGCUGGGAAAUCCUUACUUACUUCCUAACCAUGGCGUUCUACUUAAUCAUGAAAUUCUACAUGUUUAAAACGUCAAUGCGAUUCAAAGAUCGAAGUCGCAAUCAUCUCCGAGAAGAGGACGAGUUAUAUAUCAUGAUCUUCUUCGUUAUAGUCAUUCUCCGGGUAGCGGGUACAGUUCGCUAUGGUAUCGCUAUUUCUAAAACACUGAACCACAACCUCUAUGAAAAGUUCAAUUCCACCGACAUGGUUCUUCUGCACUUCCAGAGCGUUGGAGACAGUUUGCAGGCGUUCUGUAACUGUAUCUUAUUCUGCAUUCGAGAUUCUGACGUCAGGCGGGAAUUGUGGAAUCGAAUUCGUGGGCGUAACAGGUCACGGGGGGAAAGACAGUCGUUGAUUACUGAAGUUGAUGGCAGUGUAAAUUAAAACAAGCGUAAAUCUUGUGCAUACAAGGCAGGUAUGGAGACACUAUAACAUGAAAAACUAUUUGACACAAAGCAAGUCCUUAAGAAUAAUGUAAUUCAAUCACUUAUAAAAACGGGUACCUGUAAAGUGCGAAACGAAAUCGAAACGAAACGAAAUCUACCGAAACGAAACCUACCGAAACGAAACGAAUCCUACCAAAACGAAACGAAACAGAUUGUAUAACCGAACUCUUUUAAUUAUAAUAAUUAAAAAUGGUAUCUUAGGCCCCUGUGAAAGUUACAACAUAUAAAUAAAAUUCGCCUCCCCUUUGAUGUAGGCUUUCGGCUUGACUGUUACAAAGUUUUAAAAGUUGGAAAGGGGGGGAGUAAGCACAAAGUACAUAUCCGUAGUUGAUUAAAUGACAUGUACAAUUAGUUUCGGAUCCAUAAAUUUCAGAACCGAGGGUUACAGUCUCAGAGAUCUGGGGAAACACACUAUACGAGGGGUGGGGUCGCCGACGUUGGAUCCGCCUUUGGGCAUAGAUACAUUGUUUGAAGAAGCUGGUGUCUGAGAAAAUUGAAAGCAGGAAGAGCUCUUAACCUCUUAUUUUAUCUCUACCUGCUGAGGUGCGAGUACUUUCAAUAAUGGAAAAACUCUAUACAUUUGGGCAAUCUCUACCCAGAGUUAUCGUUGUAGCGUAGUGUAAUACGCCCUCUGGUGAGAGAUUGACGUUUGGGGUGUUGCUAAGACGGGGAAUUGAAAACGGGACGGAAAACGGAUUUUUUUUAAUGCAAUAAUAUUAGGAGGAGGUCGGCAUUUUGUAAACUGAAAAGGCUUAUGAACAAGGGGAUUUUAAGCAGAAAUCACAAAGAGAACGGGAGGACAUAUUCAGAAUCCACCGUUUGAUAUACUACAUACAAAUACACAAUAUCCACAUGUAUACAUAUAUUUGUCUUUAGAACAAAAAUACUGAAACAUGUAUUUAUGCCCAAAAGGGGAUCCAGCGCCGACGACCCCAUCCCUCGUUUAGUGUGUUUCCCCAGACCUCUGACCUGUGAGACUGUAACCUCCCGUUCUGAAAUUUAUGGAUCCGAAGCUAAUUGUACAUGGUAUUUAUGUGCUUUGUGCUUACCCUCCCCCCCCCUUUCCAACUUUUAAAACUUUGUAUCAGUCAAGCCGAAAGCCUACAUCAAAGGGGAGGCGAAUUUUAUUUAUAUGUGUAAACUUAACAGGGGCCUGAGAUACCAUUUUUAAUUAUUAUAAUUAAAAGAGUUUGAUUAUACAAUCUGUUUCGUUUCGUUUCGGUAGGUUUCGUUUCGUUGGGUUUCGUUUCGGUAGGUUUCGUUUCGUUUCGGUAGAUUUCGUUUCGUUUCGUUUUGAUUUCGUUUCGCACUUUACAGGUACCCUUAUAAAAACUAAUGUAUGGGCAUCUCUAAUCCUGAUUUUUCAAGGACAUUGAUUAUACGAAAGUUUCUAUUUCACUGCCGAAAAUGGGAUAGUUUUCUUGACAUUGUGUACUUCUUUAUACGGGACGUACAGUGUAUUAUGGUAUAGCGAUGUCUACGUCCGUCUAUUCUUCAGGGCUUUUCUGUCUUUGUCUCACAGCAUGCUAAAAUUGUUGUGUAGCUGCUUCGUGAGUAACUCUAGAUCAUGGUGUAAUUUUGAUCCAUUCGACCUCUUUUAGGAGUGCUGACACUUUAUUUGAAAGUGAAUAUUGUAUGAUUUGUCCGUAAAAUUCUUCCCCCAGUUUUCAAGUGAGGACCUUAUUUUACUGAAAUUUUGUAUGAGUAUUAAAGAUGUUCAUGUGGCAAGGAUUUUGCUUUUCUUCAGUUUUUGAGAAAAUAACAGGUUGUUGAACUUAGUAAAUUUUGAGGAAAUAUAACUGAGCCAAUACAUAGUUUGUUCACCAUCUCCCCUCACUGUUUUCAAGCUAAGGCUUUUAUAAUCAGCUUAAGCUGGAGAUGUGCGUGUUGCAAGUAUUUCGAUUCCCAACAAUUUGCUAAUUUCUUUGACGUUAGAAAAAUUUACAGAUUGUUGAACUUAGUCAUAUACAUGUACAUGUAUAUGGGAAAUAUUUUACACACAGAGCUUCUGGUUUGUCUAUUUGCCCCCUGUCACAAUUUUUAAUCUAGGAACUUUUAUUCAUACGACACAAAAGAAAGUACAUGUAUAUCAUAGCUUGAUGGCUGAUACAACUCAUGACCUUUUUGUCAUGUUUGCUAAUGAAUUUUAUAGAAAACAAACUCCUUAUGAAAAACGCUCUACGUAAGCUUGUGACGAGCGUGUUAUCAAGCAAUUAUACUUAAUCAAUACGCUGUUUCUUUUCCCUUCUCUCAUUUGUUCUCACAAGGAGGAUUAAAUAUCCAUUGAUCAUAAGAAAUUAUCUGGUAUAUAUAUAUAUAGAUAGAUAGAUAGAUAGAUACUCUAUCCAUUUCUUUGAUGAUUUUGUUACUAGUGAGUCGUGCAGUACUACUUAGGUUUUUUAUAUGAUUAAGACAGCGUUGUGACGUAACUUGAUAUUUCAGGUUCGCAGUAUCCGUGUCAUGUACAUGAACACCUGCUUGUUGAACUUUAGUGUGUAUGGUUGUUUUUUUCCAUGGACUGGUAUUGUAGGUUUUACAAAUCUCCAGGGAGUUUCCCAACAUUCGUUGUAAGGAUCGUAUACUUCAAAGAUUUUUUCUCCUCACAACUUUAUUCACGAAAGCCUCGUUACAUUUUCCCUCCGUAUACGAUGUAAAGGAAAGGUGAAGUUUUCGAGUGUGAAAUGUUCAAAACUACCUUUCUCACAGGUGAACUUUGAACUAAAAUCUUUGGAAAAUAUAUUUUCAGAUAGCAAUAUCCUAACGGGAAUUUUCAAAAUCUUGUUAAACUUUCUAUAGGAAAUUUUACAUCCAGUAAAUAGGUUCUACAAUAGCCAUUUCUUGACAUAACAUAGAUACAGUAAUUUCCACAUUGACAUUGUUAGAAUAUGACGUUAUUAAGUUCGUGAUUGUUUGCGAUUACAACGUAUGUACAUUCAAUUAAGACUCGAGGGCUUUACGCCAGCACACAUGUACAUUAUGAAGCGCUUCAUGAAAAGUAUCAUCGCAGUUCAUAUCCUCAUGUAUUUUGACAAAUGACAUUUAUAUUUUAAUUUCAUUUCUGUAGUCAUUCCUAGCUGUUAAAAAGGAUAUACAUAUACUACAUUUACCCAGAUUAAUACAAGCACUGUUCACAACUGCAUCGCAUACAUGAGAAAUUGGCUAUCAUUACAAUUUGUUGAGAUAUCAAAGGCAACUAGAACAGUCCUUUCGGGACUAAUACCCCCAGCGGGGCACAUUACAUAAUGGAUAAAAAACAGACUUCCUCUGAUCAAACCAGAAGUUGUUUAAUCAAAUCGUCAUCUAGUGUAUUAUUUUUUUAUUGAAAAUUUUUCGUUAAAAAAAGACAAUGAAUCAGUCAGAUAUCAAAAUAUUUCCGGUGAUGCUCAAUAUAAACACUACCAAAAAUGAUAGGAUUUUCAGAGAAUUUGAUGUUUAUUAUCAUUUCUCUUAAUUUGGUACAUGAUUUAACAAUUGCUAGAGUAUGAACAGCAACAACCCCCACCCCUACCAACAGAGAAUGGAUAUAUAGAAAAUGGAAAUAUUCAUACAUUCACUAGAUAAUGAACAGUAAUUAAUCUCAUAACUACCACAACCAAUACAAAAUAGAGAGUUGGGCAAACACAGACCCCGGAUAUAUGAGUUGUGGGAUUUUUAAAUAUUCUAAGAGGAGUAAGCAUCCCCUGUUGACCGGUCACACCCGUAGUGAGUCCUGUAUCUCGAAGUUAUCAGUAGUCAAAAUCAGUGUGCCAAUAAUAUAUCAAAAUUGUAUAUAGAAGGUGAAAGGUGAAGAUAACGAACAGUGAUCAAUAUGUAGAAGGUCUGAUUCAAAUCGUUUAAUCUGUUUUUGAAAUAUUCUCAAACAAUACUCUUAAACAAAAUAGAAAUUAGCAUAACUUUCUAAUACGUUAAAUGUACUAAUUUGAAAUGAGAAAUGCACAACUUCAGUCUAAGAACAAUGCAUUCCUCUUCAAGAAUUUUUAAGAUAUACAUUUUUUAGUUUAAUAAAUGACAUGACGAUGUCCAUAAAUAGAAAAAAAGUCUGUAACUUGAAGAAAAAUUGUCCAUUCAAUAUGAAAAUAUCAGGUGUACAUCUUUAGAUGGUGAGUAAUAAGUGUACGGAUUUUCAGAAAAAAUUCUUGCACUAAUUUCUUAGAUCAUACCCGGACAAAAUCAUGUCUGCAGACAGAAAGACUGACAGGACAUAGUGAUUCCAACUUUGUUUGUGGGGGUAUAUAAACAAUGUAAAUAUUAUAUACUAUCAACAUUUCAGUCAGCUAAUCAUAUAAUAAUGAUGGGUAACAUAUAUACAGAUUAUCAAGGUCGAUACAUGUAACCAAUGCUUUUUUUUUUAAACUUUCGAAACGGAAAAGGUUUAUUAUAUGCAUGCUUUGUAUAUAUAUAGGCGCAAUACUUGAUGUUUUUACUAGAGAUGUAUUCUUAUAAUGUUAAUUUUCCUAUAUGAUGUUGUACACAAGCAAUAUUUUAGUCAAAAAUUGAAUUAUAACUUGUUGGUGUUCUUAAAGCGAUACAAGCUGUAACUGACGGUAUUUUUUCAACUAUCCAAUUAUUCACCAAAUAACACCUACCGGUAUAACUAAUAUAAUCCCCAAGAUCUGCAGAAAAAUUCUGAAAAAUAAACAAGGGAAUAUUGUUUGUGAAAAUACGAAGUUUAGCAUUGUAAAUCAAUAAUAUGAUUAUAGUAUUUUUCUAAUAACAUGUGCAUCUCAUAAUGUGAUUACAUAUAUAUGAUUUUUAUUUGUAAUUUCUUCUCCUCCUAUCUUCUCCUGUCCACUCACCUGUUGUUUAUCUUAUACAAUUUGAUAUAUUGUGUAUACAAAUGUACAUGUAUACGUACUAGAUGUAUUCCGAUGAGUUGUAUAACUCAAGGACAAUAAAGAAUUGAAAGUUUGAGAGCACACCUACAAUGAGUGUUUCGUAUAAACCGCCAUUGUGUCGUAUACACGGACAUGGGAACGAUGAUUGUCGAACAUAAUCGGGUUGCUUAGACCGAAGUCAUAUACAAAGACGGAAACUGACGCGAGUAACUACACUGUCGUUUGUUUUAAAAUAUUACGUUGUUUCAUGAAUGACUAGAAAUACUAUGCAAGUGUAAAAAGGUAAUAAUUACACAAAUGUGCCACUCAAAUGAAAUUUUGAAUUUUCUAUAAAAUUGGCAUUUUAAACUGUUUACAAAUCUAGCACAUACUCAGUGCCUCUCUUUCGCUUUUUCCGAACUGGUGACCUCCAAGGUCAAUGCACAUCGGAGGUUACGAACAGGAAUUACUGAGAGGAUGACAAUGAUUCAUGAAUUAACAUUUUUUGCUAAUUUGACGGGUUUAUUGCUUCAGAUCCACUCUGAUUCUAUUAAGUUAUAUAUAUUCAAUCACAUAUAUGUUGACUAUUUGUUCUUUUAUUUUCUAAUUUAUUUACCGUCAGUUACAGCUUGGAUUGCUUUAACUUUAUCAUGAUUUUUAAUAAAAUUGUUCAAUAUUGGA